AUGCUCACGCGCACCACCACGCAUCUGGGCUCCACCGUGCAACGGGUAUUUACUCGUGGUGCCGCCAAGGGGAUCAUCAUCGAAAAUCCGGCGAGCGACAUGCUCCCCUACAAGGGCAUCGAUGCUGCCAAGAAGCCGACCAAGGUAUCCCUCGAUUCGGGCAAGACGUACUCCUGGUGCUCAUGCGGACUCUCCGUGAAGCAGCCAUUCUGUGACGGCUCGCAUAAACCAGAUGGGAUGACGAAUUGCCGGCCGGUGCGCUUCCAGGUGGAGAAGGCCGGACAGUACCAAAUGUGCAUGUGCAAGCAGACCGACCACCGGCCCCUUUGUGACGGACAGCAUACCUGUGUCUCUCCGCUGCCCCGGAACGCCCGCUCUCCCGGCCUUUACAAGGUCGCUUUUGGAGACAGCCCCGUCUACGAGGGAGUCGCCCACAAGCUCGGCUACCGCCCGAAGGAUGGAUUCCAG